CUAGAGAUGAUGGAGGAGCUUGCAGGGAUUUGUAGUUUUGCAUGAUGUCUAUGUUGACGCUGAUUAGGACUUUCGAAUCAGAGAGCAAAUAGUUGAAUAUAUUGCUAAAAGUCUCCUUGUUCGAGAAAGAUUUACAUGGUUAUGAAAACAUCACGCAGGCGUGAUGGAGGGAGAGGGCCCAGAAGGAAAUCCCAUCGCUGCCUCGUCUCACUCACUUCCUCUGCAAGCAGAGGCGGUAAGCCCAGCGGAUGAUGAUGGUGAUGAUUGUAUCUCAACACUGGGGACUGGGAGCACUGAAGAAACCGCUACACACACAAACAGCAUGGGCCAGCCGAGUCAAGACCACCAGACUGAAGAGGUCCCGGCUAAGACCGCUACCACAGACAACAGCCAGAGCCAAGCAUUCCUUACUCAGUCCGCCACCACCACGGACGACCAAGCCCAGCAACAACCCACGGAAAGCCUGUCUAACAGUAAACUCUGUGGGUACCUCCUUAAACAAGGAGGUCCCCUGAAGACAUGGAAGUCGCGCUGGUUCACGUACGAGGUGAAGAAGAGACAGUUGUUUUACUACAGGACGGCGCUGGAUGUGACCUCUCUGGGGAGAAUCCAGCUGUGCAGCGCCACGCUCGGAUACCCCCUCCAAGGAGAGCAGGGCACCUUUCACAUCCAGACCCCCGAACGCAUCUUUGUCCUCAAGGCAGCUAACCAGGAGGCCAUGAUGUACUGGCUACAGCAGCUGCAGUUGAAGAGAUGGCAGCACCGAGACCAGCUGACAGGAGAAUCCACAAGCCACUGCACUGACCACAAGAGACCAGAGGGACAGGGGGAACUACCCACCACCUGCACAGAUUACUUCCUGCCCAAGGUGAAGACCCCACCAGGCCUCAUAGGCGAGGAGGCCGCCAAUCUUCCCGCGCCGCCACAACGGAACCCCCUAAGCAACUUCUCCAUCAAACACCCUCUGAUAGAGAUUCAGAACUCAGUGCACAGUCUGUUUUCCAAGCGGUCCUCCCUGGAGCGGAGUCGGAGUGUGUUCCAUUUGGAGGUGCCUCCUCCCUGGAACCCACUGAACCCCUCAAAGACUCCCUCCCAGACAGCCCACAAUAGGCUUGAGUGUAUAGGUCCUAGGACUUCCGUUGACCCCCUGACCCCUACACCCCUGCUGCUGUUGGUGGACCCCAGGGACCAGCUCUCCCCUGUAGAGGGCAGGUCGUCCCCAUUGCCGUCCCCAUCCCCGAGGAGCAGGAAGAAGACAAGGGGAAGCUGUGCCACCAUGCCCGCGGUGCUCCGGGAAGCUCCUUCAGAAACCGCAGACAGGACGACCUGCCUCCAGCACGAGAAGCACAUACUGGAUGAGGACGUCAAGGCCCAGAAGGAACUGGUGUGGCUCCUACACAAGGCCCUGGAGGUGGCUCAGCUGGAGAAGCGGACGUGCACAGAGUUCCUGGCGGCCGAGGGCGAGCAGGAGCGCCUGGAGCUGCUGAGGCACUACGAGCGUCACGCCGCUGACUUACGAGGUCGCUUGUUGGAGCUGAAGGCAGAGGGGGAAGACCUGAGAACGAGCCUAGCCCAGAGGGACGCCCACGUGGCCGAGCUGCAGGAGAACGUGACCCUGAUGAGGAAGAAGAACCACGCAAAACAGGAAGUGAUCCUGAAGCUGUUAGAAAAGGUGUCAGCCUGCUUGGCCGACCCUACACGCACAGUGUCCACCACCAACGGCCUGGAGGCCCAGACCUUCCGCCAGUUAAAUGAGGACACAGAGAACCUCAAGGAUGACAUUGAGGCCUACAAGAUCCAGAACAAGUUCCUGAACUCUGAGAUCUACCAGUUGACCAAGCUAUGGCUCAACAGUUCCGAGCAGGAGAAAAGCCUUAUGGUGAAGUGUGCAUACCUGGAGGCUCGUAACUGUCAGAUAGAGAGUCGUUAUCUGGGCGUACUGGGGAAGCUGCAGGAGAACAAGGUUCUAGAACCGGGCCAGCGGGAGGCUGUGAGGAAACUACAAGGAGAGGACCCACUACAGGGAGACCUGAAUGACGUGCUCAAACUCAACCCUGUCAGGGAGCACGACGAGUACGGCUUCAAGAUCAUCCCAGACUACGAGGUGGAGGACAUAAAACUGCUGGCCAAGAUCCAGGCCCAGGAGAUCCGCUCCCACAGCCUGCUGAGGCAGGAGGCCGGGGACAGACUCUUGCUGGGCCGCUGGGCUCAGUAUCUGGGGGGCCGCCCGGCCGACAACCUCUGCCCCUCUUCGGAGCUCAAAAGCCUUCUGCGGGGCGGCGUGCCGUGCGAGUACCGCCCACGGGUGUGGCGCUGGGUGGUGAGGGUGCGCACACGUGCGCUAUGGGAGCGCCACCCAGAUCGCUACCAGCAGCUGUGCCAGAAGAGCCUUACAUCGCCCCACCAGGCCUCCAGACAGAUCCAGUUGGACCUGUACCGCACUCUCACCACCAAUCAGCACUUCUCCUCACCCUCCAGCCCCGCCCUGCAGCAGCUCCAACGAAUCCUGCUGGCCUUCUCCUGGCAAAACCCCACCAUCGGCUACUGCCAGGGCCUCAACAGGCUGGCAGCCAUAGCUCUCCUGGUGCUAGAGAGUGAGCAGGAUGCCUUCUGGUGUCUAGUAGCUGUGGUGGAGGCCAUCAUGCCCCAGGACUACUACACCAAAACGCUCAUAUCCUCACAGGCAGAUCAGUGUGUGCUAAAGGACUUCAUGGCUGAGAAGAUACCCCGGCUGGCGGCUCACUUUGAGGAGCAUAGCGUGGACGUGUCCCUCAUCACUUUCAACUGGUUCCUCGUGGUGUUCGUAGAGAGCCUGCCCAGCGAUAUCCUCCUGCGAGUGUGGGACGCCUUCCUCUAUGAGGGUACCAAGGUGAUAUUUCGGUAUGCCCUGGCUCUGUUCAAGUACAAAGAGGAGGACAUCUUGAAGAUCCAUGACAGUGUGGAGAUCUACCAAUACCUGCGCUUCUUUGCCAAGACCAUCUCUGACAGCAGGAAGCUGACCAACAUUGCCUUCAGUGACAUGAACCCGUUCCCCAUGAAGCUGUUGAGGAACCGGCGUGCGCUGCAUCUGGAGCGCCUGCAGGGGGAGCUCAGAGAGCUGGAGGCCCAGCAGAGAGAGUUUGUCACAGAGAGCGCACAGCGCAAGGACUUGGACACUAUACUGGUCAGCGAGGACGAUGAGGAGCUGUAGUGACCAUUAGGGACUCUGGACAGAGAGGGAUGGUGAUGAAUCCUGUGGACUUACUAGGCAACGGGUUUGAAAUGCCACCUUGUAGAACAGCGUUUCUCAAACUCAGUCCUGGGGCCCCGUUUUGCACUAGCACUACACAGCUGAUUCAAAUAAUCAAAGCUUGAUGACGAGUUGGUUAUUUGAAUCAGUUGUGCAGUACUCGGGCAAAAACCAAAACGUGCAUCCUUUGGGGCCCACGGGUCUGAGUUUGGGUAACGCUGUUGUAGACUACGGAAGGGCCAUCUUGUUAGUGGCCCAGCUGGUACAGAUUUGACCCAGGAUACAUUUGUUUUAUGCCUUUAAGGUAAAUAAUGUCAGUUAUGGUCAAGAACACUAAACCUGACCAACCAUAUUCUCACUGAAUCAUUGUAUUAGUAUUAUUUACUGUAUAUGCACUGCCAAAGGGAAUUAAUGCCAAAGACAAUUUACUACAGUAGGUAUUUCAAACUAUGGUCAUGUAGAGUUUUAUACAUUUCAAUUGCAUAUUUUGUCAUGAACUUUGUAGCUACACAAGUGUUAUGAAAUGUAAUAUCAUGUAUAAUUUUAAAUGGUAUAUAACUGC